AGACUAGUCAUACAAGUGCACUUGGGCAUAACGCUAUCCACAACACCAGACUCAAAACCUGUAUGAUAUACAUUGUCAGCCCUUCCUCUGUGUGGCUGGCUGUUGUUUGCAUGUUCACAAUACAAUGUAGCUUUAAGUCUUUUAUAAUCUGAUGGCGGACAGUAUAUUCCAUUUUGGGUGCUAGUUCCUUCUUGCUGUACACACUUUGGAUCUUGAAACAUGGCUGCUGAUGAUACAUGUGUUACUGUUACAGAUGAUAUUCAAUCCUCUGGUGACCUACAACUAAGUGCCUUACUAAGUUCUAUGAUAAAGGAACACACAGUUCUAGUAGAGAAGAGUCAACUACCAAGCAUCAGAGAAAAAAAAGCCAAAGCAAUACAGGAAGUCAAAGCAAGAAUUGCAAAGACUAAACUCAGAGCGCUGGAUGAGAAACAGAUCUUGAAAAAGAUAGCCAAUAUGAAGAGACAUAUCAAGAAAAAGAUUGAAUUAAUGAAUGCUAAUGAACGCAAGACGGUAACACUAUGUCGAUGGGAGCAGGAAUUAUAUGAUGUAUUGAAAGGAAAAAAAGACUCCUCUGUGUCGAUGGUACCCAAUAGCCAUUCCAUGACAUCGAGCUUCAUUCCAAGUAGCAUGCCUGUAACAAAACCCAAUAAUACAUCUCUUUCGGAUGUAACCAUGGCAACAGAACUAGCACAUGAACAUGAUGAAAGCUGUGAUGGAUGCAAGGGUGAAAUAGAAUUGGAAUAUUGUGAUGUGACAUCCCAUGAACCAAUGAGAGGAGUUAAGAGAAGUCAUCUACCUGGUGAAACAGAAGAAACAGCUUCACUAACCAUAGCAGAUCUUAGAAGAUUAGUACUACUAGAACAACUCAGAUAUACAAGAAUGAAAAUACGUCGUCUGGAACAACAAGGAAUCAAUGAUGAUCAUCUGCCAUGUAACACUCAUUGUAACAAUUACUUUGACUGAAAUGAUAUCAUCAGUAGCAUUCAUGAACUAUCUUUGCACUAAAUAUUUUCAGAGGUGUACUUGCAAAAAUAAACCACAUGGGCAGUUCCAUGCAUUAUGAACAUUACACAUUUUCACAGAAACAUUGUUAGUGCUAACAAUGCAUUAACAGAGGCCCUGUUACACUCAGUGAGGUCGCAGCAAAGUCUAGCGUCACAACAAGAUGUUUUCUACAUCUUGGAUCAACAUUUUACAUCACCAUCCAGAAGAUAUGUCUGGGCCUAUAGUGCUCUGUUACUAGGAUAACAAUGUUUCUGUGCUACCAGUACAGGCCUGUAAGAUAAAAACCAACUUUUUUUAUUCACAGCUUAUAUCAUACAAUCAUACACAAAACACCUAUGUUUAGAAAUCAAGAUUUUUUUUUUAUCCAUUCCAGUAGAUCAUGUGGUAUUUAUGAAACUUCAUGUUGCAUUAUUUAUGGACAUUUCAUUACAGUAAUGCAUGUAACUGUCCAUGAGUUAAUUCUUCUUUUGAAGAAUAUUAUAGCAGGACUUGAGUUUACACAACUCUUUUAAUUUCAAUCCUGUACUUUAAUUUUUUUUUGGAUAGAAAAGUCAAGUUGAUAAGUACAAACUAAUUCUAGUAAACUAGAGAUAUUGCUCAGUCAUGUUAUUACAGGCUAUUACAUGCUAUCAAGAUAAAGGUUCCAAUACAUUUGCUCCUGACCAGUAACAAUUGCUCCAAAGGAAAUCAGCCAAACAUAAAACCUAACCUCAAAAGAACUGAAUGAUAACUCUCUAGCCCCAUGCCCUCACACUGGACCAAAUGAAGCUGGUGUCACACAUUAGAUAGAAAUAUACUGUACCAUUAAUGUAAGAGAAUUAUCAUCAGCUGUAAGACACAGACUGGUUCAAAGAAUAGAUGUACCCUAACAUUGCUUUUGGUUACAAUGUAGUGGGUAACCAAUUUCGUACAAGAGCUAAGUUUCCACGUAGGGUCCAGGGUCCCGUAACACAAAGGUUAGCGAUUAAUUGUACACUUGAUAUUUAUGAUUAAUUGUACAUUGUAGUCAAUGAAAUCAAUUAUAGAAAAACGUGCUAUGAUCGUUGCUAAGUUUUGUGUUACAAGCCCAAGAUCACUCAUAUUCACGUAGAAUCUGUAGAAGUAAAAUCUGUUUGGGUUAAGUGAAAUAUAACUCAGAAGAUGUUAAUAAUACAUGUUUUGUAUAUUCUGGUCUGAAAAUACUUCAACUUUUUUUAAAGUCAAUUAUUCAACUUCUGGUAGGUGAACUAAUUAGGCCUGGGUCUAAAACCCGGGUACCCGGGUCCCAACCGGAAGCCUCAGGUACCCGGGUAGAAAAAUCAAUACCUGAUACCUCAAAAUUGCUUACCAGUAUAACAUGUACAGUAUUUGAUUUGUAUUGUGUAGUGUAAAACACAUUACCCCUUCCAUCUGGACAUGGAUGUUACUCUUAGUGACAUCGAAACUAGGCAAUUGCAUAAUUCCAAAAUGUGAAUUGAAUGUCCCAUUAUAUGACAAAUAACCCUGAUAUUUGAUCAAAUACCAGUACAUAAAAGACAGAAACAUCAAAUUUUGUGCAGCAAUCCUUCGCAAUGGUAAAGACAAUUAACAUGUCCGCAGUUGAGAGUUUGAGACAUUACGGUGCCAAUGAAGAAAACAAAUUAUCAAAUAAAAAGAAAAGGAAAUUUUCUCUGCUUUACAAAAAUUAGACUGUUUUUCGGCUCGUCUAAACUAUAAAAACAUAUUUUCACGAUAGGUUUCUUCACUUUAUAUAAUAUAGCCUAUAUUAUUUAGAUCUAAAUUAUCUUUUCAAUGAACAAAAGUAUUGUGUUUUUAAUAGUGCUAGAUUCGCAUUAUCUUCUUAGUUUUUCUAGCCAAUUAUGGGGUUGUUCCACCAGUCAUAUUUCAUGCGACAUGAUUUUUGGGUACCCAGGUACCCACCCGAAAAUUACCGCAGGUACCAGAAGACAAAUAUACUUGAAAGUCACAGGCCUAGAACUAAUGCAUACUUAACUGUAGGUUACAAAUUUGUUUCAACAUUUGAAAAAAGAACAUCUUGAGCAAAAAUUUCCAGUAUAUUGAAUAUAUCAAUUAUUAGACUGAAAAGAAUGGAUUUCACUGCCAGAAUUUUGAAUUGGAAUAAUGAUCAAUAGCUUGAAAUAAAAUUUUGCCUUACUAUACAUGUCUCUUCCAUUUGUUUCUCCCAGUCAUUCCUGGCAUCAUCAAGAGUUUUGACUGAUGCAUGGUACUGGGCAUCUAUAAAGAGAGAGAGAGAAGAUUAGAUAUCAUUAACAAUACUUCACAGAGAAAGAAGAAUCCAGAGAAAUUACAGGAACAUGAGGAGUUCCAUCCUUAUUAGUAUAUGCUUUAAAAUCCAUCAUCAACACCAGCUUCAUAAGUCAUUUUUAAAGCCAUGUUAAAAGAAUAAAAUACCUCUUGUACACACCAUCCUGAAAUUUCUUGAGGGCAGAAUUGACAUCUUCUUUCAUAAGCUUAAGCACGUAUAGAAAUAGACAACUUAGUACUUGAUCAUACAAAAAUUCACGUUAUAAUUCAUGUAAGCCCAACAAUCAGGCACUAAACCUUGUGUGACUUGGCUUUAACAUUAUAGGAAUGAAACUGCAAUACAAUUUAUUAGGUAAUUAAAAGUUUAACUUUGAUAAUAAUUACUGAAGCAUACUAAUAAAUAUCUGAAAAAUAA